GCCUGAUGGACACAUGGUUUCUUGGUUUCUGUGAAAGAAGUAACGUUAGCGAGAUUAUUGUAUGUGACUCAAAACCUCUCUGUCAACGACAACGUACAAUACAACAACAACAGCCAGAUGACGGUGCAGGAGGUGCGUCUGUGUGGGCUGCUGCUGCAGGAGCAUUUCGGGGAGGUGGUGGAGAAGGUUGGAACUCACCUCCUGAGGACUGGAGCACAGACGCUGCGCGCCAUCGCCCACGACACCAGCACUCCGCUAGACCUGGUGAAGAAGUCUCUGUGUGUGCUGGUGCAGCACGGUGUCUGUGUGUUCGGAGGGGGCCGCAGGGGCCCCGGGGGGGCGGUGGAGUACCGAGCGAGCUGCUCGCGGGUGCUGCGCAUCCUGCGGUAUCCGCGCUACAUCUACACCGCGAAGACGCUGUACGGAGACACGGGGGAGCUCAUUGUGGAGGAGGUGCUGCAGCGCGGUCACAUGACCCUGAGUCACGCUGUGAGGACCGUGGCUGACAGGCUGACGCAUAACAUGGAGGAGGGCCACAGUAUGGAGUACAGUGAGGUAGUAUCUUCCUUUUCUCGACUGGUGGAGACCCAUUUCCUGCAACGCUGCCCCCCUGUGACAGAGGUGGGAACUGCAUCCUCAACAACAUCAGCCUCUGACACUCCAGCUGGCCCAGCAGCUGUGCCGACCCUUGCAGACAGCCACCCUGACCGCUACACGCUGCCCCAUAUCAGUCUCACAGGUCGGGGGAAGCGCCGGCGCUCCAGUGAGGAGAGUGAGGGGGAGCAGAGAGGGGGGAAGAGAGCCAAACUCGAUACGGAGGCAGCGCCCUUGGGCGACGAGGGGAUCUAUUGGCAGGUGAACUUCGACAGGUUCCAUCAGCACUUCCGAGACCAGGCCAUUGUCAGUGCAGUCGCCAGCAAACUUGACCAGACAAGCAGUGAGAUUGUGAGGACCAUGCUGAGGAUGAGCGAAGUGACGACCACGCCCACCGCCGCCUACACACAGCCCCUCUCUGCUAACGAGAUCUUCCGCGCCCUCCCUCCCAGUUACAGCAUCAGCCGCCCGGUUCUGGAGCAGUACCUCUCCCUCCUGGUGGACGACCCGAUGGAGUUUGUAGGGAAGUCAGGAGACAGUGGCGGAGGGAUGUAUGUCGUCAAUCUGCACAAGGCCCUGGCCAGCCUGGCGAGAGCCACACUGGAGUCAGUGGUACAGGAGAGGUUCGGCUCGCGGUCGGCGCGCAUUUUCCGGCUGUUGCUGCGGAAACGGCAUCUGGAACAGAAGCAGGUGGAAGACUUUGCAAUGAUCCCCGCAAAAGAGGCCAAAGAAAUGCUGUACACGCUUCUGUCCGAGAAUCUGGUCCAGUUGCAGGAAAUCCCAAAGACACCUGAUCAUGCCCCGUCUCGUACCUUCUACCUGUACACUGUCAACCCCCUGCCCACGGCCAGGCUACUGCUCCAGCACUGCUACAAGACGGUAGCUAACCUGAUCGAGAGGCGUCUGUAUGAAACCAAGGAGAACAAGCGUCUGCUGGAGAAGUCCCAGCGCAUUGAGGCAAUUCUGGCAUCGCUGCAGGCCAGUGGGGCGGAGACGGGUCAGCUGACAGAGGUGGAGGAGAUGAUCACCGCCCCCGAGAGACAACAGCUGCAGGCGCUACGCAACCACGUCAACAAGUUGGAUUCCAGUGAGAACCAGGUGGAUGAGACAAUCUUCCUCUUGGAAUCCUACAUCAACUCUACAGAGACUACACACUGACAGCGUGUGUGGCCCACAGACACACAGUAACACAAAGAACAGGGAAAGUGCUUGCAGCAAUACACACUUCCUGGCUCAUAAGUGCAGAUGCACUCAAAAACCUUUUACUGACUAUGGGUAUUAGCUGUGGUUAAGGCUAGAUGAAGGUUCACACUAUAAGUUUUAUUAUAAUGCAGAUGUGCAUAUUUUCUGUAUUUACAGGAAACAUUACUGCUUAAACUUUUUUCUGUGCUCAGUGCUGGUUCCAGACUUUUUCACCCCAACAGAAGGGAAUGAAAUGAUCACAGCUGAGUGGUUUAAUAAUAAAAUUGUUUGAUCCUUAAUGCUUUACAUGUAAGUCUGUGUUUAAAAACCUCUUGAUACAAAUUGUUGAUUGUGGACAGUUCUGUAUGCAAAUGGAGAUCAAUGUGUGUACCAUCAUUCACAAAAGAGUAACGACACAUCUGAGAACAAUAUGUACAAAUCAACUUUAAUGUUCCAA